AUGCGUGAAGCCUCGGCCCGGGCCGAGAGGGGGCAUCUUCUUCCCGCGGAGCUCUUGCACUUCCCUCCGCGGGCCAAGACGGGGCGGCGCGGCGCGGCACGAUUCCCUCGCUAUAAAAGGCGGCAAGUCCCUUGGAUCUCCGGGAGACGCUCCACGGCGACGGACUCCCGGCCUGGCUGGCUGCAGACGCGACCUCGGGCGCAAACCAAGAUGCGCAACUCGCAGAAGCCGGGUCUCCGGUUCUCCUGGUUGCAGCUCCUGCUGCUGCUGCUGCUGCUGUGGGCCGCCCGGCGACCUUGCGCAGCGGACGAGGAGGAGGAGGAGGAGGAGAAGAAGAAGGACGCAGACAUGCCAGAGUGGGGGUCCAUGUUUCCCAACUGUGAGGGUCACAUGCAGUCUCCCAUCAACAUCAACACAACAGCUGUCAGCUUCAGCGCCAAGCUGGAACCCCUGCUACUGUCUGGCUACAAUGUGCCUCCUGAAGUGGAGCUUCCCCUGAAGAACAACGGCCACACUGUUCUUCUAGGUCUGCCCAAGAAAAUGACACUUGGUGGGGGUGGCUUCCCCCAGCCGUACCAAGCAGACCAGCUACACCUGCAUUGGGGAUCAGGGCUAACCAGGCCUGGCUCCGAACACACAGUGGAUGGGCACCGUUAUGUGGGUGAGAUUCACGUGGUCCAUUACAGCUCCCAUUUUGAGAGUGUCCAGGAGGCUGCGAGUGAACCAGGAGGGUUGGCUGUGCUGGCUGCGUUUCUGCAGGUAGGGAUGGAAACAAAUGAACCAUAUCAGCACAUCCUCAAACAUCUGAGUGAGAUCAAGGAAGAAGGAGAGGAAACAGUAGUUGCUGGCUUUGAUGUAGCCAAGCUUCUCCCUGACGACCUUGGCCGCUAUUUCCGCUACAAUGGCUCGCUGACCACCCCACCUUGUUACCAGACGGUGAACUGGACAGUCUUUAAUCAGACAGUUCGGCUCUCCCGGGAACAGAUCUCGGUGCUGGAGGACACCCUACGAGGAGACGAGGAUGAGCCUAUCCAGAGUAACUUCCGCCUGCUGCAGGAUCUUUAUGGGCGGAGUGUCUUUUCAAGUUUUCACAGCCUUGAGAAGGUUCAGCCAACUGAUGGCGCCCCAAGAGACCACCUUGAUCCCCCAGAUUCUGGAAAAGAUGGCACCCCAAGAGAUGGCCUUGACCCUCCGGAUUCUGGAAAAGAUGGUGCCCCAAGAGACGGCCUUGACCCCCCGGAUUCUGGAAAAGAUCCUGAGAAGCAGGUGGACACCUCCCUUCACACAGGGGACAUUCUGGCUAUUCUCUUCGGCUCUCUCUUUGUGGCCACAGCCCUUGCCUUCCUCUUCUACAUUCACAAGCACCGGAGACUGGCAAGCAGGCACAGGGGACAAGCCACGAAACCUGCUGCCCUUUACGUUCCGGCCUCCACCGAUGAACAAGCACUGUAG